CAUGGAGGCCUCUUCAGGAAACUCCCCUAGGGACAAUUCCACUCCUGCUUGUGCACACUGGUGGGCUCAGGGCUGAGGGCCCAGAGAGGAGAGGGAGGGGAGGGGAAGCAACUUGGAAGGGCGCCUUUCAGCAACCUCUUGCCCUGUCGCCCUGAGACACUGGGUGCCAGCCUCUGCUGGUUGCUUACUUGUCCUCUUGAGGAUCCAGGAUGUAACUCAAGGAAUGAAGCUGUCUCAGUUCCUGUCAUCUACUCUGACCACAGAGGCAGGACCAAGGCUGCCCUCCUGAGGGCAAGCACUUAAUGGGCACCUGGGCACCCUUCCGUGGACUGAUAGUCCAGCUCCAAGCAUCCCGGCUGGUGAAAGGAGUCCAGUCCAGGCCCUUGGAUGCUAAGUGCUGUUCCGAGGGACCCCAGUGGACCUCUGUCAGAGUGGUUGGCCUCCCGAGGGCCUUGAGGCACCAGCCCUCCGGAGUGCCCUGGCCUCCCCUGACCCAGCCCCCACCCCAGAUCAGUUUUCUGUCACCUGGAGGCCGAGUUAUUUCUGGGCUGCUUCAUAUGCCUCCCUGGGAGGGUAAAUGUCACUGAAAGGCCAGACAACUUGGGUAUGUCCAUGCGAGAUGCUUGGGGAGGUGAGGCCCCUGUGUUAAGCAGGGGAGCCCUGGGGUUAGGGCACUGGUCUGCAUUGGGGCCCAUCCAGGCUCUGUUGCCCUGUAGACCUACCCGGCCUUUUACUCCCCUGGGAUGUGUCCAGGCCUGGGUGGUAACAGCAGGCUUAAACUCUACCCAUGGUUGGGAAGAAACUGUCAUUUUCCCCUUGCAGGGGAGAAGUCUCCCUGUGCAGGGUCCUGAUGACAGGCUGGGCGCGGACCACGCGGGUACUGGGACUUGGUGGGGAGCUUCCUGCCCCUGUGCCAGCACCUCCUUGGCACUGCAGGUGGCCCUCCCUGUGUAAACCUCACAUGGCAGCCACGGGGCCGAGAAGUCCCAGAACAUGUCCUCUUCUGAACUUGCUGGCUCUCCAAGACCCCAGCUCAGAGGGCACCUCACCUGCAGCGGGGACUGGUCCUAUUUCUGUGCUCUGUGGACUCUGUGUGCUCCGGAGCAAACACGCAAAGAGCUGUUUGCUGUACACCAUUUGUGGAGAGCGACGACCAGGCUGGGCGAACACUCAGCACAGAGGCCACUCCCGCUGCAGCCCAGCUCUUGGUGGAAGCAGCCCUCCUGGCUAUGGGAGGGGCUGUGGUGGACGAGGGUCCCACAGGCGUUAAGGCCCCUGAUGGAGGCUGGGGCUGGGCCGUCCUCUUUGGCUGCUUCGUCAUCACGGGUUUCUCCUACGCCUUCCCCAAAGCAGUGAGCGUUUUUUUCAAGGAGCUCAUGCAUGAGUUUGGGAUUGGCUACAGCGACACGGCCUGGAUCUCCUCCAUCCUGCUGGCCAUGCUGUAUGGCACAGGGCCACUCUGCAGCGUCUGUGUGAACCGCUUCGGCUGCCGGCCCGUCAUGCUUGUGGGCGGCCUCUUUGCGUCCCUGGGGAUGGUGGCUGCCUCCUUCUGCACAAGCAUCAUCGCCAUCUACCUCACCACAGGGGUUAUCACCGGUUUGGGUCUGGCUCUCAACUUCCAGCCCUCCCUCAUCAUGCUCAACCGAUACUUCAGCAAGCGGCGGCCUAUGGCCAACGGGCUGGCAGCGGCAGGCAGCCCCGUGUUCCUCUGCACACUGUCUCCCCUGGGGCAGCUGCUGCAGGACCACUACGGCUGGCGGGGCGGCUUCCUCAUCCUGGGCGGCCUGCUGCUCAACUGCUGUGUGUGCGCUGCUCUCAUGAGGCCGCUGGGGGCGCCCCAGGUGGGCGGAGGGGCUGGGCCCCCGAAGCCCCAGCAGCCCUCCCGGCACCUGCUGGACCUGAGCGUCUUCCGGGACCGUGGCUUCCUCAUCUACACGGUGGCGGCCUCCAUCAUGGUGCUGGGGCUCUUUGUGCCACCUGUGUUUGUGGUGAGCUAUGCUAAGGAUCUGGGUGUGCCUGACACAAAGGCCGCCUUCCUCCUCACCAUCCUGGGCUUCAUUGACAUCUUUGCCAGGCCUACAGCUGGCUUCAUCACGGGGCUCAAGAAGGUGCGGCCCUACUCUGUCUACCUCUUCAGCUUUGCCAUGUUCUUCAAUGGCUUCACUGACCUGACAGGCUCCACAGCCAGUGACUACGGUGGCCUGGUGGUCUUUUGCAUCUUCUUUGGCAUCUCCUAUGGCAUGGUGGGCGCACUACAGUUUGAGGUGCUCAUGGCCAUCGUGGGCACUCAGAAGUUCUCCAGUGCCAUCGGGCUUGUGCUGCUGCUGGAGGCUGUGGCUGUGCUCAUCGGACCCCCUUCGGGAGGCAAGCUGCUGGAUGCAACGAAAGUUUACAAGUAUGUGUUCAUCCUGGCGGGGGCCGAAGUGCUCGCUUCCUCCCUCGUGCUGCUGCUGGGCAACUUCUUCUGCAUCGGGAAGAGGCCCCAGACGACACAGCCUGAGGGGGUGGCCUCAGAGGAGGAGAAGCUCCACAAGCCCCCUGUGGACGUGAGGGUGGACUCCAGAGAGGUGGAGCACUUCCUGAAGGCAGAGCCUGAGAAAAAUGGGGAGGUGGUUCACAGCCCGGAAACCAGCGUGUGAACGGCCUGGCCGGGCGGGCAGGGAGCAGGGAAGAGGUCCAGAGACUGGCAACGCUCAUAUUUAUUUCACAAACAGGACCAGCUGAGACGGGGCCAUCGGCUCAGCUCUGGCUGCCUGGUCAGCGGGUCAGUGUUUUUCGGGGAGAGGUGGCGGGGUGGGAACCGUGUCAUUCCAAAGUGGAUCUGUGGUGAAGCCAAGGAAGCCCCACAGUUACCAGCCGCCUAGACCGGGGACCCAGCCUGCUGUGCCGAGCAGUCUGUUCCUCCCCGCACCCUCCACUGUGGCCAAGGACCUAGAAACCCACACUUAGGAGACAACACGACUUUAAUCAGAGGGCAGGGCUGGGACAGGCUGGCAGGUGGGUGCUGCCUGCAGGGUCCUCCCUGACCCCACCAUCCUAACCCCAUCUCCGGCCCGAGUCUCCUACAGUGCCAGUCACCCUUGUCUGUCUAGGGGACAAAGAGCUCCUUCUACCUGAGAAGGCAGAAACAGACCUGCGUGUGGGAGGGCAUCAGAGGGCCUGUCUCCAGGAGCCGUCAGGUUCUGGGCAGUGGUCUGUCCACCCCGAGUCCCACCUUUGUUCAAUAACAAACUGCUGAUUCUUAAAAA